UUAGUCCUUACCCACCAUACUACGUAACCUUCUCUUCCUUCCCUUCCCUUCUCUUCCUUUCUUCUCUUAGUCUCUUCCUUGCUUGAGAGUAUUAUCACCUCUGCACAACAUGUUUGUGUUGAUAUUGUGUCCAUCUCUCUUCUUCUAAAUUGAGACAAAGGAGCCGUUGGAGGCAAGGAGAGGAGAAAUAUGGGUUGUGCAGGUAUUAAGUCUUUGAGGGUCUUCCUUGUAUCUCUUGUAUUUGUUGGUUUUAUUGGGUUUUUGUUGGUUGAGAUCCAAGCAAGUAGUGGAGGAAAUUCCAAAACAAAAACUACUAUUACUUCUUCAACAGCAAGUUUCAAGCAAUUGGAGCUGAUAGGAACAUAUGCCCCUGUUGUUCAUCCAGAUUUAGACCUCAAUUACAUGAGCAAGAGACAGGUUCCUAAUGGCCCUGAUCCCAUUCACAACAGGAAAGCAGGGAAUUCUAAACAGCCACCAGGCCAAGCUUAGGGCCUCAGAUGAUGGAGAAGCUUCACUUGUUGUAACAGAAAGAUUCACAAGAUGUCUGCCACCUUGUAUGUUCUUUUCUUUUUUCUGAAAAGAGAACUAUAACUUUGUCAUACCCAUUAGAAAAAAAAAAUCUUAAUUUGCAGAAUCUUAAGCUCCACUUUUACACAAAUUGUUACAGAGAAGGUGGUGAAGAAAGCAAAGCUUCUCUCUUGUACGUACAAGAAUCCUGAGAAGGAUUAAACCACCUUUGCAGACAACCCCCACUUUAGUAUUGCCAUGUCCUUUUAAAUCUUAGAGAGAAGAGAUUCAUGGAUUGGGAACUGGAUUAUCUUUACUUAACUUUGUUCAUGUAAAGACCAAACAAGUAGAUACUACAAAAAGAAAAGUAGAUGGAACACAACCCAAGAAAUGUUCUAGUAGUAGAUAUCUGAUAUGGGAGGGUAUGUAAACAAUCUCUUUCAGUCAAUCAAUCAAACAUCUUUGGCUUUGG